CUCUGUCUGCGUGCCAGCUGGCAAAGAGAGUUUCAAAUAUUCAAAACAAUUGAUUUUCACAUUUUGACAAAGUUGACAUUUAGUAUACAUUCGUCUACGGAACAAAGUGGAACAUGAUGAGUACUAAACUAUUAGUGGGAGCCUCUAGAAAAAGUGUGACAAAAAGUUUUUCGACAAGUUCUGCGUCGUUGGGGCGUCAUUACAAACUGCUAAUUGUUGGUUCCGGUAGUGGUGGAUGUGCCACUGCAAGUAAAUUUUCAAGGAAACUUGGUGCUGGACAUGUUGGAAUUAUUGAACCAAAAGAUGACCAUUAUUAUCAACCUUGGUUUACACUUGUUGGAGGAGGUAUCAAGAAAGUUGAAGAUUCAGGGAAGAAAAUGUCAGAGGUCAUACCUAAAAAAGCUGAUUGGCUGAAAACUACAGCUGAGGCCUUUGACCCUAAGAACUGUACUGUUACCACAGCAACUGGUGAAGAGAUAAAGUAUGACUUUCUUGUCAUGGCUUGUGGUCUUCAGCUUAACUUUAAUUUGAUCAAAGGUUUACCAGAAGGAUUUGACAAAGAUCCUAUGCUAUGUUCCAAUUAUGAUUAUGAGUAUGUACAGAAAACAUGGCCAGCCAUUCAGAAGUUCAAGGGAGGUAAUGCUAUAUUUACUCUGCCAAAUACACCAGUUAAAUGUGCAGGAGCUCCACAGAAAAUUAUGUACUUAGCUGAAGAGGCCUGGCAAAAGAGUGGUGUGAGAAACAAGUCAACUGUAAUGUAUAAUACAUCAUUAUCUGUUCUGUUUGGGGUCAAAAAGUAUGCUGCUGGUCUACAUAAAGUGGUGGAUAGUAGGAAUAUCAAAAUCAAUUAUCAAAGAAAUUUGAUAGAAGUAAAUACAGAUAAAAGAGAGGCUAUUUUUCAGAAACUAGACAGUCCUGGAGAAACUCAAACUUAUAAGUAUGACUUUAUGCACAUCACACCUCCCAUGUCCACACCUGACCCAGUAAGAAAGAGUUGUCUGGUAGAUGAAGCAGGUUAUGUGGAUGUUGAUCAAGGCACUUUACAACAUAAAAAAUAUCCAAACAUCUUUGCCAUCGGUGAUUGUUUUAAUGCUCCAACAUCAAAGACAGCAGCUGCAGCAGCCUCCCAGAGUGGAUACCUUGAGAAAAACUUGACAGCUGUAAUGAAUGGGAAACCAGCUUAUGUUAAGUAUGAUGGUUACACUUCCUGUCCCUUGAUAACUGGACGUGAAAAGUGUAUAAUGGCCGAAUUUAAUUAUGAUAGUUUGCCAUUGGAGACCUUCCCACUUGACCAAGGGAAAGAGAGACGGUCAAUGUACCAUGUGAAGAAAGAUAUUAUACCAAUGAUAUACUGGAAUAUGAUGUUGAAGGGAUAUUGGAACGGACCUGCUGCCUACAGAAAAUUGAUGCAUUUGGGAACAGAUGGUCCAGAAAAAGAAAAAGACUCAUAUUAAAAAGAAAAGUCCAAUAGAAAAGUCUCUGCCUUAAAGUGCUGUAUUUCCAAUUGUCUAACUAUUUAAGGGAGAUAAUUUGUGAUUAUAAUAAUUAUAAAAUGAAUCUCAGUUCAUAUUACCUAUAGCCUAUAAGUUAGUUUCAAAAUUAAUAUAUUUAUACAGUACUCUUGGUGAAUUGGUGCAUAAUAAUUUGUAAAUGAUUACCAUAUCUACAAAUACUUGAAUGUGAUUAGUGGUUAGAAUUUUUGAACUUGGUUUACACUUAAAUAGACAUUGUUGAGUCUUCUUUCUUGAGCUUUGUACAAACUAUGUUGAUUUCAAUGUAAUGUAUUCUUUUGUGAUACACAUUGAAUGGAACAAGAAAGUUGAAAUUUAAAAAAAUAACAAAUGGUUGAUUUACUAGCUUUUAUCGAAAAUUUAACAAAAUUUUUUUGUGUGUUAACUGAACCCUUAACUCUGACAAAUUAUUAUAAAAGUCCUUCAAUUAAUUAUUCAAUUUAUGAGUUAAUAUGACUUAUUUCACAUCUUGAUAACCUCUAAAACAAAUGUUUAAUCCUUCAAGAGAGAUCUGAUACAUUCAAAUACGGUAUAUUGAUACUGUCCCAUUUUUUUUCAAAUUAAUCUUUUUAUUAGAUUGAAAAAUAUGUUUUGGUUUCUCUUAAAAUGAAUGCUGCCAUUUUUGUUUAUUCUACAUAUUGAUUUUAUGAAAUAAGUAUUAAUAUAUUACCCACCACUCAUUAAGCAUUAUUGAAGUUUUUGCAGAAGUGUCUCCACUGUUUGUUGAGGCGUCAGAGGACCCUUUUUCGGGAGACAUUUAAUAAGCAGGAAUUUAGGAAUGGCUAGUUCAAACAUUUGGAAUAGGUGAUUUUAAGAUUUGAUGAUAUGAUACUGAAUUUUUUUUUAACUAGAUGUGGGAAUUUGGGAUUUUUUUUUAGGGAAGUUGUUUGAGACCCCACUUACCACCCCUUUUUGUUGUGUCAAAAAUAGGCAUUGUUAAACAUAUAAAAACAAAUCUAUUAUAUAGUAUUUUGUUUGUUAUUUGAAAAUUAUUAUAUUUGUAACUUCUAUGUCAUUGGUCUCUUGUAAAGAGUUGUCUCAUUGUCAAUCAUACCGCAUCUUUUUAUUUUUAUGUUGUGUUGUUAGAUUGCCGUCAAUAUUGUAUCAUUGAGGUUUUUUUGUAUUUUUUAAUAUUCAUAAUUUGUAUUCUGUAUUUUAUUAAAUUGUGCAAUUAGGUUAAAUAGCUUUAUUUUUAUUAUAUAUUUGUAUGCAAUAGUAAUUAUUUAGAGUCCGGUGCUGGUCUCAAAAAGAGGAAGUUCAAUGACCAAUCUGCUUCAAACUGUGUGCCUGUUCACUUAUUAAUCAUACUAUUGUGCCCUUGUUCCACCUCAUAGUGCAGGAUUGAUUGAUAAAACUGAGAAUGGAAAUAGGGAAUGAUUGCUUUACCUUGCAUUAGCGCUAAAAGGCUAUUUCCCCAGUAAUUUAUAUUAAUUGUCUUAUUUUUUUUCCAUUAUUACGUUCAUUUAUUUUAUACUAAUAAAGAUAAAUUGCCUGUGAUGAAUAUUGAUAUUUCAAUAAACAAAGUUGAUGGUUCUUUAAAACGAUGGAUGACCAUAUUGUUCGGGCAAGUUAUUUUUAACUUUUGCUUUCGUUUCAUAAUCAUGCUAUAACAAUUCAAGGCUAUAAGAAUAAAAUGCAUAGAACAUAAUUUAAUGUAGGAAUCUAGGUAUGAUCUGAUUUUUUUUUUUUAAAGAUAUGGAGUUAUUUCCCUUACAAUGUACUUUUCUGUAACAAGUUUUUCAUGCUGGUUACUCCUUUAUACAAAUACAUUUCAGCUUUUGUAUAUGUUUUUUUUCUAGUCUUAACUUAAGUGCCAUAAUAUUGAAAAAUUUUAUAAUGUAUCUUUAAACAUGUUUUUUUUAAUGAAGUCUUUUAAAGGCUUAGUGCCAUAGCACUUGAAACUAUUUAUUGUAACACUGAAUCAUUUUUAAAAAAAAUGAAGUCUUUCAAAGACAUGUAUUACUGUAUGAGCCUUGAUAUAU